UGGUACUCUGAUGGCGUUGGCGUUUCUACAGUGGAUCUUCAGGCUGUUGAUGGCCCUGAUCGUCUUUCAGGGUGUGUGUGUGAUGUUUUAUUUUACACCCAACACACACUCGUCCAGAGAUGGGAUGACGGACACUCUUCGGCAGAUGCACUGCGCAAAACUCAGACGCAAGUUUUCCAUUAUCAAACCGGCCAAAAGUAUUAAAAUGGAGAGUUUCACACGGGAGCUAUCAGAUUUCAUGAGCUGCCCGUACAAAUCCAACAUAACUGAGCGCGAGGUCAACAGAUUGAGUCUUCAGAUUUUCUGUAACGCCACAGGAUCGUUAUUCCUCACCAAACGAAACACAGCUGUCAAUCAGUCCAUCCCAUAUGAGACAAGCACAACAGAUACAUACACAAUGAACGAAACCCUCCACAGCAUGAUGCCUGAGGAUUUCCCCUGGAGUGGUCGUCGUCUGGGUCGGUGUGCUGUAGUUGGCAGUGGUGGGAUCCUGAAGAACAGCAGCUGUGGACGUGAGAUUGACAGCGCAGACUUCGUCAUACGGUUUAAUUUGGCGAUGAUUAAUGACAGUGAUGUUGGGCUGAAGACGGAUCUGAUAACCAUCAACCCCAGUCAGAUUCAGAAAGAAUACAAAAACCUGGAGGAGAAUACAGAUCCUCUGGUGGAGCGGGUCAGUGUGUACGGAAACACCUUCUUCAUUAUGCCUGCCUUUGCCUACAAAUUCUGCACUGAACUGUCAAUCAGAGCUCUUAAUGUCCUUCAUGCAAUCAGACCACAGAAGCCAAUGGCGUUCUUCAGCCCUUAUUACCUGCAGACACUGGACGGUUUCUGGAAGAGGCGGGGCCUGAAUCCACGCCGCCUUUCCACUGGGUUUAUGUUAAUCAGCACGGCGCUGGAACUAUGUGAAGACGUGCACGUGUACGGAUUCUGGCCAUUUUACACCGACCUGCAGGACAAUCCCGUUCCGUACCACUAUUACAACCUGAACAGACCUAGCAAGCGCAUGCACAAAAUGCCGGAGGAGUUUGUGCGGCUUCUGAAGCUCCACAGCCAGGGGGCGCUGACACUGCACCUGCAGCCCUGCUCCUCAGACACACACUAGCCACUUUUCCACUGGCGGGUCAGUGCGAG